AUGGCUAAGAACCUCAACUCCAUCAGCUUCGCAGUUCUCUUGUUUGUCCUCGUGAUUGCUUCAACUGCUGUGGAUUGUCCCGGUGGAUGCUCUUUGCCUGGUCAACGUACGUUCUUAGACGAGUGUGGGGCGGUGCCUUUCACUGGUACAGAUGCUGAAUGUUGUACAUGUUGCAAAGGCAAAUGGCCGACUCCUCCACUCUGUUGGGCGGUUGUUGAGGGAACUGAGAAACACUGCCAUUGCUAUCGACAUGUUUGA